AUGACGCAGUCAAUCAUCCUUCAUUCGCUCACAAUCAUCGUGCUCGUCGAGUCACUUGGACAAAGUGCAGUGCCUUUCAGGAAUUCAAAGGAAGACUACUGGGAUAUGAUGAUUGCUCCAGAAUUCGCUCGUAUACAACAAUCUGCCUUCGAGAAGAUCCGAUCAGCGUUCCAGAAAUCGGAGUUGCCCAGAUCGACGACCUACUCUCCAACUACGGAUGGCACUUACGUAAUCAACUAUUGCGAUCGGUUCGAAUUCACCGAUGAAAUGUUGACCAGGUACGGUUUGGCCAGAGUUGAGCACUUCAUCUACAACACCUCCUGCUCAUCCACAUUCUUUCAGAAUAAUCAAGGAUCGGGUAGUGAUGUGAUUCCGUUUCAGUGUUCUAUUGGUCAAACGUUUCCGUUGCGAUGUUCGUCAGAGGACCAAGCCUUUGACCAAUCGACAACCAACUGCAAUUUUAAAAACGCCGUCAAAGCCUGUCCGGAAUACGACCAUGUGAUGCACUGCAGUCAGUACGAAUUUGAGGAGUUGAUCACAGCAUCUAAUCAUAUAUCUUCAGCUGUACGUGAGUCGUGCUCCGAGUCAGAGUUCGCGUGCUGUUCACUACCUCAACGAUGUCUUCCCCGAUCGAUGAGAUGCGACGGGCACGCGGACUGUGCCGAUGGAGACGACGAGAACAAUUGCCGAUAUAGUGAUCGAUGUAUCCCGGCCGAAAAACGUUGCGAUGGCAUAGCAGAUGACUGUGGCGACGGUUCCAAUUUGGACGAGAUCGGAUGCAAUCGGAACACAAGUUUGUGCUCAGAUCAUUAUGUGACUAACAGUAACAAUCAGUAA